AUGGCAACGGCGGCUGAGGCUGCUGGCCCCACCUGUGUCAAGCUGGGCCAGUGGGCCAGCACCCGGAGGGACCUCUUCUCCGAGGCCUUCUGUGAUGAGUUUUCCAAGUUGCACGUUGAAGUGAGCCCGCACCCGUGGAGUCACACUGAUGAGCUCCUGAGGAAGGCCUUUGGCGAGGACUGGACAGGCAUCCUCAAGUUCCAAAGCCGGGAGCCCGUCGGCUCGGGCUGCGUCGCCCAGGUGUAUAAAGCUUAUGCUGACCUCACAGCUAUCGCUGGCUCCCAGGCCAAGGAGCUAGCGCAACACUCGGAGUUACGGUCUGCUUUUGAAGCAUGGGAAGUGUCAGGCUUUAGAGGCCUCCUCAGGUGGCUGAGGAGGAGGAAGAGCGAGGAGAUGCGGGACGAGAGGAGCAGGGAGGAGCUGAGCUCAGCAGAUUGCUCUUGGGGAAGUCCUGUGAGUGGGACAUCCCUUAUGGAGCAGAUGGCCAAGCCACUCCUGAAUGCAAAUCCUUCAUCAGCUGGACUUCUCAUGCCUGUAGCCAUUAAAGUCCUGCACCCUGGGCUAGUCCACCAAGUCCAGAUGGAUCUGUUUCUCAUGAAGAUGGGUAGCCACAUCAUUGGACUUCUCCCUGGAUUCAAGUGGCUCAGUUUGACAGAGAUUGUGGAGGAGUUUGAGAAGCUUAUGAUUCAGCAGAUUGACUUACGCUACGAAGCCAGAAAUCUGGAGCGCUUCCGACAAAAUUUCCUAGAUGUUGAUUUUGUGAAGUUUCCAACUCCCCUUCGGCCUUUGGUAACGGCAGAUGUUCUAGUGGAAACAUUUGAGGAGAGUGAGCCUAUUUCGCACUACCUGCAUGCAGAGAUUGCCACAGAGCUGAGGCGGAGACUUGCAAAGAUGGGCAUGGACAUGCUGCUAAAGAUGGUCUUUGUUGACAACUUUGUCCAUGCUGACCUGCACCCUGGGAACAUCCUGGUUCAAGGCACGGCCCAUGUCAGCACCAGCUGCAAGGAGCAGACAGCCAUCGUGGACCUGUGUGACACGCUCGUGGUGGAAGUGCAGCCGCCCCUCAGGCGGCUCUGCCUGGUGCUGCUGGACGCGGGGAUCGUGGCGGAGCUGCAGAGCGCUGACAUGCAGAACUUCCGGGCAGUUUUCACAGCUGUGGUCCAGGGCCAGGGGGAGAGAGUGGCAGAACUGAUCCUUCAUCACGCCCGUGCUAACCAGUGCCAGGAUAUUGAGCGAUUCAAAGCUGAGAUGGCGGAACUAGUGACCAAGGUCCGGGGGAACACCAUUGCCCUAGGAAAGCUUCAGGUGGCAAAUCUCCUCUCGAAUGUCUUUAAACUAUUGAUGACCCAUAAGGUGAAGCUCGAGAGCAAUUUUGCUUCCAUCAUCUUUGCCAUCAUGGUUCUGGAAGGUCUUGGUCGUUCACUGGACCCUGAACUGGACAUCCUCGAGGCAGCUAAACCACUGCUCAUCAAAACUGCAGCUUCUGUCCUCAAAUAGACUCUUGCGGCUGCUGCCCCCUCACUGUGCAGGGUUACCUAUGCCGUCUGUGAGCUGACGGAGAAAGAAGCUGAAGGUGAGAAAUCGCAUGUAUCUUGGGGACAUGCCAUACAGUGGUUACUCUCCAUUAAUGUUGCCUUCAGUUGUUUCAGCCAAGCACCAGGCAUGGGAUGAUGAGAAGGUCUAUUCCAGAAACCAGGAAAACUUUGCACAAUUGGAGAGUUCUGACUCAUUACACGGUUCUAAGAGCAAAUGUGCUCUGGUAGUUUUUAAACUGACAUAUCAUGUAGUUUAGGUGCAUAAGAUCACUGCAGCCUGAUGAGAAAAGCACUUACUUGUGCUUUAAGUCUUUAAAAAUAUGUUCAUUGCUCAAGUCUGUUUUGAAAUAUAUUAGGUUAAAUAUUUGAAGUUAAUAUUUAGUGACUUACCUGUCACUGUGGUAUGAGAAAUGAUGUUCUAACACCACCUAAGCAACUAAUUCAGGCUGAAAAAAGCCCAUAAACCUUUUGUCUUUUGUACUUUUAACUUCUGCUUUUAUUGUAGAAGUGUCCUGAGAUCCUGCAUGGAGUGGUCUGUUCUUAGUCACUUUGGAUGAUAAAAACAGACCAGUCAACUUCAUUUUUUUCAAACUUCCUUACUCUAGCACAAUACUAUAGGAGUUUGUAUUAUCAACAGCAGAAG